CUACGACUGCGCUCCGCAAAACUUUUCAAACACUACACGUGGGGAAAAGGGGAAAUUAUUAAAUUUUCUUAUUUUUUCAUACAAAAUACUUGUAAUUAAUUAUUGGACACUUGCCUAUUAACGAAAGGAAAUUUGCAUUCAUAUGUGUGUGAGUGAAUGAGAUAUUUUAAUUUACCUUUGGACGUAAAAGUUGUUGAAAAAUAAUAGUGAGUUUUUAGGUUAACUCAAUUUUAUAAGGGCGAUUAUAAUUUUUGUUUGUUAUUUUACAACAAAGUCAAGUAACAUUUUCAUUUAAAAUGGUAGUUUUCACUUGUAAUAAUUGCGGCGAGUGUUUACAAAAGCCUAAAGUUGCAAAACACUUUCAAUUUCAUUCUCGUUGCACUCCAAUUUUUCUCACGUGUGUCGAUUGCCACAAGGAUUUUCGAGGCGAUGAAUACGUUAAACAUACAAAAUGCAUAACAGAAAACGAAAGAUAUGGUGGCAAAGGAUUUCAAUUAAAAGCAAGUGCCAAUAAAGGAGAGCGUAAGCAACAAGAAUGGAUCAAUGUUGUUCAAAAUUUACUAAAUUCUUCGACAGAUUUAUCAGCACCUGAAAGAAAUAUUUUAAAUACUCUAUCCAGACAUGAAAACAUUCCAAGAAAGAAAGCAAAGUUUCUUAAUUUCAUUCGCAGUGUAUUUGGAAAUAGAGUAAAUAUGACUGUUAUUGAAUCUCUAUGGACGAAAAUGGAAGAAUCGUUUAAAGAAUCAACACCCAACAAUCAAUUAUCUGAAAAUGACUCCAAUCCUAAAAAUGGGAAAGCAGAACAACCAGAGGACAACGUUUCAGAGAAUCAAAAUAAUGAAAAUGCAGUUAAAGAAAAUGGAAAUUCUGCGAAACAUAAUGAAUCUGAAAAGGAAGGAAAAAAGAAGAAAUCUAAGAAAAGGGCUUUGCAAACUACUGAGACUCAAGAUGUAGAAGAGGAAGAAGAAAAUGAGAAAAUGAUUAAAAAAAGACUGAAAACCGAUUUGAAGGAAACGAUUGACAAAAUUGACAAAUCACAGGAAGAAGAAACUACCAAGUUUUCUUGGAAAAAUACUAUAAUCGAGAUUGUUUCAACAAAGGGAGAAAUGUCAAUGAAGAAGUUAAGAAAAAAAGUCAUAGCCCGUUAUAUGGAACAUUCAAAUAACUCCAAUAGUGAAAAAGCAACUCUCAAGUUUGAUAAGAAAAUUAAAAAAGUAAGUGAAAUUAGUAUCAAUGACGAGAAAGUGACUUUAACGUAAAUUCGCCCAAUUUAGAUUCUGUUGAAAAAUGAAACACUUUUUGUAUCUUAAUUGCUUGAAAGCAGCAAUUUAUUAAUAAAAUUGUUUGAUAUAAAAAUUAA